GUCCGCGUAGCGUCGCGUCCUAGCUGCCGGAGCCGCCUGAGUUACAAGUAAAGCCGAUUAGGAAGCGAUUAGCCAUGGAUUCUGACGCUCAUUGUGUUUUGGACUUGCAGGACGUUCUUCCUCUGGUCGGUACUCACACCAGACCACUGGUUGAAGGUUCUGCAGUCCUCAAAACAGGCAUCCUCAGUGUGGGGAAGGUUGACUCUGGGGACGAUUUCCUUGAAGUUUUCGCCCUAGUUGUUCAAUGUUCCCACACUGACGAGCUCCCUCACGGGGUGAACGUCAGAAUCACGGUGAAAGAGAACGGGGAGAAAAAGGUGAAGCCCGAUUGCACCUGUAUUGCGGGCAAAAGCGGCAGCUGCAAGCACUGCAUCGCCGUUGCACUCCGUCUGACUAGACUCCGUGUGUCCGAUCUGGAGAGCACCAGCUGCACAGAUAUGAAGCAGAAGUGGGGAAAACCACAGAUGAAGGCCCUCACACGGAGUCAGUUUGCUGGCGUUCCUCUGGCAAAGCAGUGCCAUUUCCAGCCAAGAGGUGCAGAGCCAGCAGUGGUCCUGACUAAGGAGCAGAGAGAUGGACUGCUCCAAGAAUUUCUCAACAUUUCAGACCCAGACAGCGAGCUUCCCCUUUUUAUGAGCUUAAGAAGAUUCGAGGAAAAGAACAACGAUACACUGCCAGUUCAUAAAUCCAUAUCAAGAGCUCUGCAAACUGUUGCCACUGCCAGCACUGCUCUUCCCAAACCCAAGCCCCAAACCAUUCAUCAACUGAAGGCAUUAAGAGAGGCACAAGAACAAGAAGCUCAACGCAACAAAGAGGAGCUCUGUGAAGUGCAGAGAAUGAUAAGCAGUGCUAUAGACACUGGGCUAAAUGUGUCUCAGUUGAACGACCUCCCUCAAAAUGAGACAGCUGUUUUAGUUAGGAAGGAGAUUGCUGAAAUCACAGCUCUCCUUCAGAACAUUCUGCCUGCAGUUGACAGCGGUACUCUGGAAGGGGAUGGGAAUGACUCAAACCUGGGAGCACCUCAGGCUCAGUCCACUCCCAAGGAACAUAGUCCUCUAUCUGCAUCUACAACAGCUGAAACCACACCAAAGAGAGUGCCAUUGAAGGACAAGACUAAUACAAUAAUAAAGAGGAAUUUAAGUAAGACCAAUACAGUAAUAAAUAGGAAUUUAAGUAAGAAGCCUGCUGAUGAGAAUACAUUGGGUGGUGCUGAUGGGAAAAAAAUGGCCAGAAAAUUGAGGCUUGAGGCUUUAAAGACUCAACAUAAGAAAAAUUGUAUGACCAGAGGAGACAGAAUACCAUCCUUCAACACCGCUCCCAAAGAAUGGAUCUCAAGUAAAUUAAGUAAAGACAUACUUCGUAAAUUGGAUUUGUGCCCUCCCAUAUUUUCCAACGUAGAGGACAGCAUUGUUUACAAAAAUAGGAUAAGUAUUUCUGAGGAGGAAGCGGUUUCUUUAUGUAUAGAGACUGUAGCUCAAAGUGACUGCCCACAAUGGCAGCUUCGCAGACAAAUGGUCUUCACAGGCAGUAAUGCGUAUGAAUUGUAUAGGCGUAAAUUAGACUUAGGUGAAAAUGCAGAAUGGGAGAAAUUUCUUAGAGGUAGGAUUCGGCAACGGCAAUCAGGAAAGGAAAGUAAAGGGAAUAUGUGGACUAUGGAGAGAGGACUUGGAGAUGAACCUUUUGCCAAGGAAAAAUAUGAGUUGGUAACUGGUAAAAAGGUUCAUAAUUUAGGUGCUUGCAUCCAUCCCCAGAUUCCCCAUCUACUCUCCAGUCCUGAUGGUGUUGUCAUAGAAGAUGAUAUUUAUGUGGAAGUGAAGUCACCUGAGUUGGGAAUUGAGGCAACUGCAGGUGACAUUGUUUUCCAGCUACCUUACAUUGCUAAUGACAAAGGCAUAGCAAAGCUCAGAGAGAAGGACAUAUACUAUGGUCAAGUUCAAAUGGCCAUGGCGGUUCUCUCUCUGAAACAAACUCACCUUGUAAUAUACGCUUCAUUUGACCACAGUAUAUAUAUAGUACCAGUCAAUUUUAAUGCUGACUUUGUAAAAAAAUAUUUUACUAGAUUGUCUGAUAUUUAUUUUAGGCACAAUUUUAAACUAUUAAGAGAGCUAGCCAUAGUAUAGUCUUUGUUUGUUUGUUCAAGAUUUCUAGUCAUUAG